AGUGAUGAUGAUGAUUAUGAUGAUGAUGAUGAUGAUGAUGAUGAUGAUGAUGAUGAUGAUGAUGAUGAUGAUGAUGAUGAUGAUGAAAUGUUAGUGGAGCGGGUCCCCAAACGUCAGUGUGGUGGUGGUGGAGGAAAGAGAGUGCGAAUAGCAUCACCAGCAGCAGAAGAUAUCAUCCAGCGCCGCUCGUCGCUGAUCGAGCAAGGCGUGGUGGUGGAGGCCUUUAAUACUGAGUUGUCCGACAUCUUUGCUGUUGAAGUGAAGCCAGCGAGAUCGGCUCGCUACUUGAGAUGGUUUGACAAGAAGUCGAUGGAGAGGGACAGGAUUGGACCGACUAAAGAGGAGCUCUCAAAGGCGCACAUGCCUCUUCAUAGGAAGAUCUUCUUCCUCAUGGAACAGCAGCUACCCGGGAGAGAUCUGCCCACCGCACCGAUUGAGCUCUUGGGGUCUACUUUCGGCCGAUCUAAGCUCGAGGCGCUGGAGGAGGACUCGGUGGUCGCGUGGGUGGCCAGCCAGGACCCCACUUCUAUGAUUCAUCGUAUUUGCGCUGCUGCAAUCAUCGGAUGCAACGGGCGGAGCGAAGCGGGUCCGGUUAGAUUUAUUAUUCGGCUAUUCACGACGGCUAAGGAGGUGACCUUCGGACGAAGAAAGGUGAAAAUUCGAGGCUAUGGUUGGGGUAAGCUACUCCUACAAGAGAUCGAACGCCACUUGGUGGCACCACGGAACUGCCCUUACCUUCUCGUUGAGAGUGUUGCUGAUGCAUGGCGGUACUGGGCGAAAAUGGGUUUCGAAUUAAAGAGUUCUCGAGGGUCUCCCACUGCUGCUAGCAGCAGUAGCAGUCCUGACGAUGAAAAUGCCGAUAAUAUCACCGCUCAAAUCGGCCGGUAUAAUCAGACCCUCAUAGGCUCGAAACGCGCGACUUCAGCGAGGGGGAAAGCAGGGAAAGGAAAAGGUAAAGGCGCUGAUGCUUAUGGAAAAGGGAAAAAAGGAAAAGGAUCCAAAGGUGGAGAAGAGCCGAAGGGCGUCACGUCGAGAAAGGAUGAUACCGGACCUGCGGGAAGCUCAAGCAAAGUUGUUAUACGUCUACUACCUCCAUCAAUAACUGAGGACCAGCUGUGGCAGUCUAUACCGGAGGGGGUGAAGGGAAGCAUAGUGUGGCGAUAUUUUGUAGCGGGGUCUCAGCCGAAGCGGCCAACAAUUUCGGUGCCUGCAGUCAACAGUCGAUGCUAUCUCGAAUUCGAGACGAAACAACAGGCCUUUGAUUUCGUAAAUUCUUUCCACGGUCACAAAUUCGUCGACCAGGAGUUUACGUACAAAUUCGGGUAG